AUGCGCUUUCCCUCCUUCCCUACCAUCGUCCGCACCUUCUACCUCUUCGGCAACGCCACCACUCGCCGCCUUCCCACCACCUCUCUCCGCCAGCCAACCCUCCGUUCUAUACCAACCAUUCCCUUCCUGGGCUCUCUAUUCGGCACUUCUACCAGAAACAACAUGUCCUACCCCGUCCAGAAGACCGACGAUGAAUGGCAGGCCGUCCUGUCUCCUGAGCAAUUCCGCGUCCUCCGCAAGCAAGGCACCGAGGCGCCAUACGCCGGAGAAUACGACAAGCACAUGCCCUCGAGCGGCACAUACAAUUGCGCCGGCUGCGACGCCCCACUCUACACUGCGCAGCAAAAGUUCAAGUCCGGCUGCGGCUGGCCGGCAUUCUUCGACACGGUGCCUGGCGCCGUUGUUCGCCACACGGACAACAGCUUCGGCAUGGAGCGCACGGAGAUCGUUUGCAGUAACUGCGGCGGCCAUUUGGGGCACAUCUUCAAGGGCGAGGGCUACCCGACGCCGACGGACGAGAGGCAUUGCGUCAACAGCAUCAGUCUGAAGUUCAAGAAUGACGGCGAGAGUAAAGUAUAG